AUGCGCAGUACUACCAUUGUUCCACCUUUCUAUGACUCGGAGCCUGGUGCUCCACCACCUCUUCCCCCAAUGCUCACGGACCAGCUAGAGCUGUUUGGCAACGCCAAUCGUCGCCCGACUACACUUAUCGCCAAUGAAAUCCUAGUUCCUCAAGCUAGUAUCAUUUCCACUGCAAGGGCUUCGUCGUCUACACCUGCCCCUGAAUUCAAGCUUGCGAAGCAGAUGCGCAAGCAUUCUGAUCACUCUACCUCUCCAUACACCAAGAAAGUCACUUCCACGCACUCCCAUUCUCGAAUGCCUUCACCCUCAGAUUCCUCAGGCGCUUCGGAUUCUUUCUCAGACAGUGACUCCUCAACUUCGAGCACGAGUUCAUCAGAAGACUCAAAGAUUCCUAAACCUGCCAGUGAACCUGGGCGUCCGGGGCGUGGGGGUUACACACUUCGUGAAGCUUUAGAUUGGAAUCCAAAGGCAUACACAAAAUUCAAGAGGUCUAUGCAUAGUCUCAUCGACAACCACCUUGACACGACAAAAUGCGCUUCUGCCCAAAGUCCUGCGCUAUUGGAAGUCGUGCGUGGCAAGGCACUCGACAACUUCCCAGACCUUGACAAUUAUAACAACUUGUGGCCAGUCAACGAUUUGAUCAUGACACGCCUGAAAUACACGUCUGGACGUGCGAGACGAAAGGUGGGAGAAAUGGCUGUAGGCAAGAGCAAGAGCAAGGCCAGGAAGUGA